AAAGCUCCUAUACGACACGCGACGCGAUUUGAUCCAACGUAGGAAUAAUUUCUAAUUCUCAGCCUUGCGAUAUCAAUUCAGCCUUCGCCAUCUGUUACCUCUGAAUUGUUAUUCGACAGAUAGGAUGGCUCUCUCCGAUAAAGCGCUGACCAGCGCUCUCUCCAAGACUGUACGCGAUGUCUUCCACAGUGACGAGAAAGAUAAAUUAAGUGUACGAUUCAUUAGAACAAAAGUCGAACAGGAAUACGAAUUGAGUGAUGGGUUUUUAAAUGAGGGAAAAUGGAAGGAGAAGAGUAAAGGGAUUAUUAAAGGCGAAGUCGUAAGUUCAUUGUGGAUUGAAGCUGUUGGAUUAGACAAUUGAUUCUAAUACUCAAUUGCAGGACAAAUUGAUGCAAGAGGAUGGAAAGGAAGAGGAGGAAGACCUUGUAAAGGCAAAGAAUGUCAAGAAAACAUCUGUGAAGAAAGCUACACCUGUCGCGAAAGGAGCGAAACGAGCUUCGCCGGAAAAGAAGGCACCUCCACCAAAGAGACAAAAGAAAGAGAAAACUCCCGUUUCUGAUUCCGAACUUUCUGAGCUUGAAGAAACAGAAAUAUCAGAAGUUGACUCCGAAAUAAGCGAAGAUAUACCAAAAGCGAAACCAAGGAAGCAAGUCAAGAAGGCUGUUAAAGCCAAUUCGGACAAUGACGCCAGCGACAAUGAAGAUGAGGUAGUGCCCAAGAAAGCUAAGAAACCAUUAAAGAAAGAAGCCGUCUCCUCCGAUUCUGAAUUGUCCGAUAUCCCAUCAAUCGCUCCAUCCGAGGCAAAAGCGCCCCCUAAAGCCGUGUCCCCAAAGAUCCGGGAUUCCUCCUUGUCACCUCCUCCAAAAACAGAAGAAGAGGCCUCUGAACACUCCAAUAACAAAGAUGCGGGCCACGAAUCUGACUCUUCAGCUAUGUCUGUCGUUCUUGAUGGUCCUUUAACUACCAAACCUCGUGCCAAGAAAUCUAAAUCCACCUCGUCCAAACCGCCUAAAGUGACCAAAACCGCUAAACCUAAAGCCGCAAAGGCAAAAGCUACGGCAGAACUCACACUUAACGAGCAGCUCAUUAAAACUCUCCAAUCACAACUCGUUAAAUGUGGAAUUCGCAAAAUCUGGGCUUUCGAACUGAAGAAAUACGAGACAGAGAAUGAAAAAAUUACACAUUUGAAGAAUAUGUUAACGGAAGUGGGUAUGACUGGACGGUUUAGCGAAGGGAGGGCGAAAGAAAUCAAGGAGAUGAGAGAAUUACAGGCUGAUUUGGAAGCGGUGAAAGAGGGCGAGAAAGCAUGGGGAUUGAGCAGAGGUUCAAGGAGAAGUGGGGGUGGUGCCAAGGAGGACAAGAAAAAGGUCGAGAGCAGUGAGGAUGAUAGCAAAAGCAAAAGCGGCAGUACUCAAGGAGAGGAUGAAGAAAGUGAUGAUGAUGAAGAUAUGGAGGUUUCUGCUAGGGCUAGAAGAAAGAAUGAUUUAGCAUUCCUGGGUGAUGAGGAAAGUAGUGAUGAUGAUUGAGCGACAGCUAGUCUACUACCUCUCCGUCAUGAGAUCUGUAUAAAGAAUUGGGGAUUUGGUUAUGAUCAUGGGAACGGGAGUUCUGGAGCAUUGUCAGCGUUAUGAUAUCUUAGGCAGUUGGCGUAGAGGUUUACGUCUGGAUUUGUCACGUUCAAGGUUGUAGGGUACAAAAUAUCUAAUAUCCGGACAGAUUUUCAGAAAUCAUACAAAUAUUCAAACUAUUAACCCUCAAGUUGAGGUGUAUUCAUUUGUGAAACAUGGGAGUGGGAACAUGGAGUACAGGGUGAAAUGCCACAACUGCAAGUGGUACAUUGCAAGAUAUGUAAAAUCUUAACAUCAUUCAUUCUAACUUUUUGGCUUGAGUACCAUUAUUCUCCAUUCGAUAGUUGGCUCCUUCAUUCAUCUCGGUAUAGUGUCCAUAAUAUCAAUCUUUACUACCUCCUCCUUCCUACCAACCCAUAUCAUCCCCA